AUGACGUCAUCAAAUUCUGUCGGUGGAAAUUUUGGUGAUAUUAAAAGUUUUGUGUAUGCAUGGUUGGGAAAACAAAAUAAGUUACCAAAUUAUGAAAUCACUCAACAAGGUACCAAACAAAGAAUUCGAUUCAAAUGUGAAUUAACGGUAUUGACAUAUCCAUACACUGCUGUGGGAAAUUCAACAAAUAAAAAAGAUGCUCAAACAAAUGCCGCAAUCGAUUUCUGUCAAUAUCUCGUUCGCGAAGGAAAAAUGACACAAAAUGAACUCGAACCAUAUUUACCAUCAAAGAAUUCUUCUGUUCUAACAAGUCAAACACUUGGAACAUUACCAGAUGGUCUCGUACCUCCACAUAUGCUUCAACAAAAUACGACAACAAAUACUACGAGUUCACAAUCUACUCUUCUUCCCUAUCGAUCAGGACCACCCAGCGCUUAUCUUGAACAGAUUCAUUCUGGUCGAAAAAUGCUCGAAGAACAAGAAGAAACUGAUACAAACGCAUCGAUUCACGGAAAUUGGACAAUCGAAAAUGCCAAAGGACGUUUACAUCAAUAUUUACAAAAGAAUAAUCUUCCACAAGAGUACAAAUACACCGCGAGUGGCCCAGAUAACCUUCGAACGUUUUUUGCUGAAUUAUCUGUUUAUAUACGAGAACGAAAUCAAACAAUUUAUGCGAGAGAAAAUGGAUCAACGAAACAAAUUGCUUCGAAAAGUUGUGCACUUGCACUUGUUCGACAAUUGUAUCAUUUAAAUCUCAUCGAAAUAUUUACUGGUGAAAAAAAGAAAAAACAAAUCGAAAAAACAACACCAUUUCGUGUUAACGUCAGUAAUGAAAUCGUCGAAGAACUCGAUCGUGUUAUUCAAUCCUUCGACAUUCAUCCAAUUAACAAAAAACAAAUCGAAAAAACAACACCAUUUCGUGUUAACGUCAGUAAUGAAAUCGUCGAAGAACUCGAUCGUGUUAUUCAAUCCUUCGACAUUCAUCCAAUUAACAUCAUUGAUGAACAAUCUGACAAAUCUUUACUAAAUCGACAAGUUUUAGAACGUUUUCCUGCAAGUGAACGUCGUACAAUAUCAUCGAUAAUUCAAUGGGUACCACCAAUACCGAAUUGGAAUCCAUGGAUAGCAUCAAAUAUCGAUGAAGGUCCAUUAUCAACUGCAACAAUGGAAUCAAUUAGUCAAGAUUUACAAAGAGCAGAACAAUACAAAACUGAAAAUGAGUUCAAAUUUCGUUCACAAGAACGACAGAAUUUACCCGUUUUUUCUUAUCGACAACAAAUACUCGAUCAAAUCCAACAACAUAAUGUUAUUCUCAUUCGUGGUGCCACGGGUUGUGGAAAAACAACACAAAUUCCUCAAUAUAUACUCGAUAAUGCGAUUGAACAUGGUCAAGGUGCUUUUUGUAAUAUCGUUGUGACACAACCUCGACGUAUAAGUGCAAUUUCAAUCGCUGAACGUGUGGCUUGGGAACGAUGUGAAGAAUUGGGAAGUUCUUGUGGUUAUAGUGUUCGAUUUGAAUCAGUAUUUCCACGUCCGUAUGGUUCAAUCCUAUUUUGUACAGUUGGAGUUCUUCUACGGAAAUUAGAAAGUGGUCUUCGAGGAAUUUCUCAUGUUAUUGUUGAUGAAAUUCAUGAACGAGAUAUCAAUACAGAUUUUCUGUUAGUUUUAUUACGUGAUAUGCUAAAUGUUCAUCCUGAAAUGAAAGUAAUUCUGAUGUCUGCGACGAUCGAUGUGACUUUAUUUCGUGAAUAUUUUUUUAAUUGUUCAAUUAUUGAAAUCGAAGGACGUGUUUUCGAUGUUCGAGAAUAUUUUCUUGAAGAUAUUAUUCAAUUAUUAAAUUUUCAAACAAAUAAUUCAAUGACAAAUUAUCGAAAACAAAACAAUCGAAAUCGACAAAUACAAGACGAAGAUGACGAUUUUGGAUAUGAAGAUUCUCAAACGGAUGAUGUUGAAGAUACUAAUUGUAAUUCUAUCUGUGAUCAACAAUAUUCUCGUGAAACAGCUUUAUCUAUGAGUCAAUUAAGUGAAAAGACUCUUUCAUUUGAAUUGAUCGAAGCGUUGAUUACAUAUAUUUGUAGUCUGGGUGAUGAUGGUUCAAUUUUAGUCUUUCUUCCUGGGUGGAAUUUGAUUCAAGCAUUACUCAAAUACUUUCAACAACAUCCGAGAUUCGGUUCUGCUGCAUUUCGAUUUCUCCCGUUACAUUCUCAAUUGCCUCGUGAUGAACAACAUCGUGUUUUCGAACGUGUUCCAUCAGGUGUGAAGAAGAUAAUUCUUUCAACAAAUAUCGCUGAAUCAAGUGUAACAAUUGAUGAUGUUGUUUAUGUUAUUGAUUGUUGUAAAGUCAAACAGAAAUUGUUUUCAUCACGAAAUAACAUGACAAAUUAUGUGACUGUUUGGGCAUCGAAAACAAAUUUAACACAACGACGAGGACGAGCUGGACGAACACGAGCUGGAUGUUGUUUUUAUUUGUGUUCAAAAGCACGUUAUCAACGAUUAGAUAAUUAUUUAUUACCGGAGAUUUUUCGAACACCUUUACAUGAAUUGGCUUUAGCAAUUAAAUUAUUGAAACUAGGAGAUAUUAAAGCAUUUCUCGCUAAAGCUAUCGAACAACCACCGAUGGACGCGGUUGCCGAAGCCGAAUUUACACUUAAACAAAUGCAAGCAAUUGAUGAUAAUGAUGAAUUGACACCACUCGGCAAAAUCUUAGCUCGAUUACCAAUUGAUCCAAAAAUGGGUAAAAUGAUCAUUCUUGGUUGUAUUUUCAGUGUGGGUGAUGCAGCAUGUACAAUCGCAUCGGCGACGAGUUUUCCCGAACCAUUUUUACAUGAUGGAAAACAUCUUCGUCAUAUGCAUCGAAAUCUCGCCGGAAAUCGUUUCUCGGAUCAUGUGGCUUUACUUAAUGCAUUUCAACAAUUUGAAAGAGAAAAAAAUCGAAAUGGUGAACGAGGUGAAAUGGAAUUUUGUGAAAGAAAAUGUUUGAAUUUAUCAACAAUGCGAAUGACAUAUGAAGCACGAAACCAACUUCGCGAUAUAAUGAUGAUGUCAGGUUUUCCUGAAGAAUGUCUCACAUCACAAUGGUUCGAUGUCGAACAAUCACAUUCCAAAUUAGAUAUCGUCAUAUCACUUCUUUGUUAUGCACUUUAUCCAAAUGUUUGUUUUCAUGUAUCAAAACGAAAAUUAUUAACGACAGAAGGAAAAGAAGCAUUGAUACAUAAAAAUUCUGUGAAUUGUGGACGUGAAAUUCCCGUGUUUCCUUCACCAUUCUUUGUUUUUACAGAAAAAAUCAAAACUCGUGCUGUAUCAGCUAAACAAAUGUCAAUGUCAACUCCUGUUCAAUUAUUAUUAUUCGCAUCGGAUCAAAUUGACGUUGUCGAACCUAAUCUAAUCUGUCUCGAUAAUUGGAUUUUGUUGAAUAUGGAUAUGAAAUUGGCUUCGAAAAUCGUGUCAAUUCGACCAGCAAUUGAAGCAUUGAUUGUGCAAUGUACUCAAGAUCCAAAUCAAAUUGUUAAUCGUCCAUCUGCGAACGAUCAAUUAUGUAAUUUAAUUCGACUUUUAUCCGAUCAGCAACUUGAACAUGUUUUGUGUGAAAAAAUCAAUGAUAACAAUCAACAAAGUACAAAUUCAAGUGAAUCGAAUAUUAAUUUUCAACCAAAUGAAUUAUUUCCAUCAAAUCGAGGAUAUCAUCAUGGAAAUAAUCAUCGAUCAUUUAACAGACCUUGUCAUCGAGGAAAUUAUUCUCAACAACGAUCAUAUCGACCACAAAAUGAUUUUCCUGGAAGUGGUUUUACUUUUCCAAGUGAACCAUGUGAAAGAUUUCCUUCGUCAUCGUUCAAUAAUAAACGAACCUUUGACAAUACAUUUUCAUCUUCAUCUUCAGAUGAGUCGCGAGUAAUAUCGUCUUAUCCAUCUGAUUGGACGAAUCCUCGUGGCACUUAUUCAAAUAGUUUUCGAGGUGGAAAUCGAUUUCCUCGCUUUCCGAAACGAAGUCGAUCUCAUUUUAACUAA